AUGAGUGGUACUGGGAAGCUUUCGUUCGGAUUUAGUAAAACUGCUGCCAAGCCUAAAUUAAUAAAGUCGGUUCAAGUGACAGAUGAAUUCGAGGCUAACGGAACGGCCAUUGAUUAUCUAACUUCUUUUGAAAACAGUGUUGCUAAAAGUAAAGUGGUCAUCUCAAAUGAUGGACCAGUGAUUCCUCUACGCAUUUCCGAGUCCAACAUUCGAGAAAAAUUAAAAAAGAAGUACAUUAAAACUGAACCCACAGAUGAUUUAACUGCAGAGGCUUUAAAGGCUCUCACUUCAGAGAAUGUGGGAGACGUUGACAUGAAGCCUAACUUGGGUAACACAGAAGCAAUUGUUGUAUCACGUAAAGAAGAGGAGGAUAAUAUUGAUGAUGCGGAUUAUGAACAGAUUCCCAUUGAAAAGUUCGGUUUAGCAUUGCUAAAGGGAAUGGGUUUGAAAGAGGAAGAUCUUAAAAAUAAAUCCACAUCAGAUGAUUAUGCAGCAAAGGUUAGAUUGAAGGGUCUCGGACUAGGCGCUGAUCCUGAGGUUCUCAAAAGAUCUCGUGAGGAGGCUCGACGACCCGUAGGCAAGGAUGAUGAGAAAUUGUCAUGGAAAGUUGGAUCAAAGUGUCAGAUCAUCUUCGGCCGACAUAAUGGCCAAUAUGGAUCGGUUGAAGGAUUGGAUGGAGAUAUUGGUCGAGUUGUUAUUAAACUAACCGCCAGUAAAAAGAUCGUUAAAGUUAUGCAGGCUACUGUUCGCCUUGUAACUAAAGCAGAAUUUGAGAAGUAUGGAAAUUAUUUGAAUAUGGAGGAAUCGAAAAGCUUCAAGGAAAAUGGGGGUUUGUUAACAGAAACGAAGGAAUCACGACUGAGUAGACGAGGUGAUCGCAACGACGCAGAACUGCAUGAGUUUCUAACCAAACGCAGAAAAGAGGAGCCUUCAUAUGGUGAAAGAAAAUUAACGUGGCUCCGAAGGGGACUUAUUGUCCGAUAUCUCGAUAAGAAAAGUAAACACCAUCUCCAGAAGGUGACAGUGGUAUCCGUCUCUAUAUCAUCCUCCAGUUCUGUUCGCUGCUCCUGUGAAACGAGCGAUGGUCGAUUAUUAUGCGUAAGAUUCAUUGGUUAUCUAAUUGGAAUAUUUAUUUUUGUAGAUGUCAAGGAGAGGUACGUUCAAACUACAGUUCCUAAACGACCGGGUGAAUCACUCGUCGUGGUUCGUGGUUCUUACGCCGGCGAGGUUGGAAAACUCGUUGAACGUGACGAUCGCUCCUCCCAGGCCCGUGUAGCAAUUUGUUCCUUGAAGAAGAAUGUACAGAUUGAUUUUGAUGAUAUUUGCUGUUUUGAUGUACUUACCUAG